CUUUCAUUGAGAGCCUCUAUUGUCUCUCCAACAUUUGAGUAGGAAUCAAGAAACAUUUGGCAAAAAUCAGGUGAGACCCAUCCCCCAAAAGAAACUAAAAUUCACCACAAUCAUGCAGAAAAUCCAGCCAAGAAUCUAUUCUAAAAAAAUCAGAUCAUGGAAGAAUCUUGUUCAGCUUGUGGAGAGUGAGGAAGAAGGACGUCAAAAGUUCCUGGAUCCGACUACGCUUAGGAACGAAACACAAUGGCCGAGUACUGCCACCUCCAACGAAGCGCCGCUAGGCUCGGCGCUCGCCAUUUUUCUUCAUCUCCCCUCUUCGUCGUCCGACGGUGCCUCCAAGUCGAGCUCUAGCAAGGCAGAUUGUCCAGGUCGCAACUCCCUUGCCCAACGAGCAAUAGGUCGGCAAGCCUCAAAUCUGGCGGCGGCGAGGACAGGGGAUCAUCAGGCGUCGCUCGCAGCGGUCGGCCCUAUGGCUUCUAGGCUGUCAGCAUCUUCAUGAAACCCAUGAGGAACAAAUGCGAGCGGCAGGUCGCUCACAAACCAGGCGCAGGAAGUGAACAGGUCAAUGACCAAGAUUCCAGGUCUGCGUCUUCAGUUCAUCUGAAUGCCACACUCGGCGGUGCAAGAUAACGAAUAAGCUCUGGCCGGCAAGACAUGUUGGGGAAGACUUCCAAGGAGACAGCACCCAGGGAGACGGUUUCCGAGUUUCUGAGUGGUGAAGGCUCCCAGCGGCGAUGGCUCCCUUCUGAUCUGGAUCUCCCAUUCUCUCCGGAGUCAGGACAUAGCGGUAGGCUGCCUUCUUUCCAGGCCUAGCGGGAGCUCGAAAGAAUGAGUAGGAUGCAAAGACUGCAUCAAGCCUAAAAUUAAUCCUCACGAUGAUGGGUCACAAUUCCAUCAACCCAAUUUCAGCCCAUGCCAAAAGCUAAGUAUUCAAAACUCCAUCCGUACAAUUUGUAUGUGAGAAAAUGUGACAAUAUUUGAUCAAAAAAAUAUAAAAUGAUUCAAUAAAAAAAUCAUAAAUUGAAUCACUUGAAAAGAUAAAUUAAGUGGUAUAAUUGCUUUUACUCUUUUCAAAUGUGUGUAAUUUUAACAUUGAAAACGGACUUAUGAAAUCCGAUCACUCACGUACACCGGACGAGAACACACACUCGUACAAUGGCCGAGCACACACACUCGCGCCACCGGAUCAUGUCAUAUGGGUGUGGCGAUUUAUAAGCUCCAAUAUAAAUGUUAAUACCACUCGCGCACACUUUUGAUUUCGUACGAGUUCUUGUGUGCUCUUACCCCUUCCUAGUGCAUCACACUCCGACCUCGGGGGACGAGUCGCCCGUUCAAAGUCUUCACUUGCGGGUUCGAACUACUAACCUCGGGCGGUGAGUUAACCUCUUUUUAGGGGCCUAGAGCCAUGCUCUUUCAAGCAAUUUUGUCACUUAAUUGACAUUCACAUUUCCCAAAAAAGUCGAUAUACUUUAGUUCUGUGGGGUUGGAUUAUCCGUUCGAAUGGUGACUCCGAGUCACUUACUCGCGGAUUCAAUCUUCCUUUCGGAGACUGGGUUGAGGCCUAACUUGGAAAAUUGAUGUCACUCUUUUCAAGUAGUGAGUCCGACUCACUCACUCACUUAAUUGACAUUCACAUUUCCCGAAAAGGUCGAUAUACUUUAGUUCUGUGGGGUUGGAUUAUCCGUUCGAAUGGUGACUCCGAGUCACUUACUCGCGGAUUCAAUCUUCCUUUCAGAGACUGGGUUGAGGCCUAACUUGGAAAAUUGAUGUCACUCUUUUCAAGUAGUGAGUCCGACUCACUCACUCAUUUAAUUGACAUUCACAUUUCCCGAAAAGGUCGAUAUACUUUAGUUCUGUGGGGUUGGAUUAUCCGUUCGAAUGGUGACUCCGAGUCACUUACUUGCGAAUUCAAUCUUCCUUUCGGAGACUGGGUUGAGUCCUAACUUGGGAAAUUGAUGUCACUCUUUUCAAGUAGUGAGUCCGACUCACUCACUCACUGAGUCGUGGUUCAACACCAGACCAAACGCUCUAUUAUACACCUGUUGCUUUUAUGUGUAGGUACGACUGAACGAGGAGUAGCCUGAUGAGUUCAAGCCCGACGAGAAGAACGGUUCUAGUCAUCCUCUUCACAGAUGGCGAGCAUUGCAAUAAAGGCUGAGGAUUUCACCUCUUCUUCAUCUUGGGGGCGUCAGGUGUACUCUUUUUCCCUUCAUUGGGAUUUUUUCCCAUUGGGUUUUUUCCUAAUGAAGGUUUUUAAUGAGGCAUCUCCCCGACAUGGACAAGGGUGGGGAUCUUCCAGUCUCGAAGAAGAGCAACUGACUUGGACUACUCCCUCUUAGCCGAGUUUACUACUCGACUAAGGGAGUGGGGGACUCGUGAUGGAGUAAUAGGACUAGGCCCAGAGCCUAAUCGGCCCAAGCCCCGAACUUGGACCCAUGGAUCCAAGUCCACAACCUGGAGCCUAUCUACCAGUCCAGCGGGGAGCCUGUCAGUCCGCCCGACCUGUCAGCUGGGAAAAGUAACGGUCAAGCAAUUAAUGCGUUGUUUAAUUAUGUAUUUAAUUUCGUAUUAAUGUUGUAAUUAAUUAAUUAUUAUUAUCGAUAGCGGUUACGAUUUGUAUACGCCUAUAAAAGGCAGAUUGUAAUUCAGAUUAGGGGAGGAACUUCUAGAGGCUAUUUCUGGCUAUCAAACUCUCUAGCGACUUUCCAUAUUUGUUCUUACUUUCUUGAUUUCUGCUUGAGUAUUCUUACGUAGCUUUCCUAAAAGCCUACGAGCGUCCUAUUUUGGACCAACAUAAAGUAAAUUAAAAACGGAAUUACGUA